AUGCCCACAUCUCUCCUGGCCGCCGCCAUGGCGGCCCUCGCGGCGGCCCCGGCAUGUGUAAACGCCCUGCAUGCCAGCCAGGAAAUCGGGUACAUCCCCCCCAUUCCAGAGGAGGCCUACAAGGUCUCGAGCCGCGACGCCAACCCAAACAUCAAGGCCGCGACGUUCCAGCAGCUCAUUGACCACGAGAACCCGUCCCUGGGGACCUUCACGCAGCGGUAUUGGUACAACGCCGAGUUCUACGGCGGGCCCGGCUCGCCCGUCGUCCUCAACGCCCCCGGCGAGUACGCCGCCGACGACUUCAUCGGAUACACGACCAACCUGACGCUCCCCGGCGUCUUCGCCCAGACCAACGGCGGCGCCGCCCUCAUCCUCGAACACCGCUACUGGGGCGGGAGCUCGCCGUACCAGAACCUCACCACCGAGACGCUGCAGUACCUCACGCUCAACCAGUCCAUCCGGGACCUCGUCCACUUUGCCAGAAACGUCCAGCUCCCCUUUGACCCGGACGGCUCCUCCAGACCCGACAAGGCGCCUUGGGUGCUCUCGGGCUGCUCGUACCCCGGCGCCCUGACCGCGUGGACGCACCACCUCGCCCCGGGCACCUUCUGGGCGUACCACUGCUCGAGCGCCGUCGUCCAGACAAUCGGCGACUUCUGGCAGUACUUUGCGCCCAUUGAAGCGGCCCUCCCCAGGAACUGCACCGCCGACCUCAAGAGGAUCAACAGGUACUUCCAGGCGGUGCUGACCAACGGCACCGCCGCGGCCAGGGACAGGCUCAAGAGCAGGUUUGGCUUCGACGGCCUCGCGGACGACGACUUUGUGAGCGCCAUUGACGGCAGCCUGGGCAACUGGCAGGGGCAGCAGUUCUACAGCGGGUACACGGACAUCUUCAAGAUGUGCGACUACAUGGAGACCACCAACGGCACCAGCGUCCCCGGGCCCGAAGGCGUCGGGGUGUGCCAGAGUCUCAAGGGCCUCGCGCGCUUCUGGCGAGAAUACGUUCUCCCCGGCCCAGGAUCUUGCUCCAAGAACGCCGCCUGGGACGGCUACCCGCGCCUCGCGUGCUACGAUUCCCACAACGCCACGUACCCCGUCUACACGGACACGUCGGUCGACAACCCCUACAACCGCCAGUGGAUGUGGUUUCUCUGCAACGAGGCCUUCGAAUACUGGCAAGCCGGAUCGAAAAAGUCCACCGUCGGAUUCCCUGCGCCCCUGUACAGCGUUGAGUACUGGCGUGUCCAGUGCCCGCUCUACUUCCCCGACAUCAACGGGCACCAGGUCGGCAUGGUCAGGGGCGCGCGCGCCGAGGACGUCAACCGGCGCACCGGCGGCUGGGCCAACGUCAACACCACGCGCCUCGUCUGGGUCAACGGCGAGUACGACCCCUGGCGCUCGGCCUCGGUGGCAUCCGACUUUCGCCCCGGCGGCCCGUUUGUCGGCGACGAGGCGCGCCCGUCCUAUGUUAUUCCCCGGGCGGCGCACUGCAAUGACAUGAUUAUCAAGAACGCCCGUGUGAACAGUGGCGCCAAGAAGGUUGUCGACGCCGAGGUGAGCAAGAUGAAGGACUGGGUUGACGCGUUUUAUAAGAGCAAGGUAUGA